CUCCUUCAGCGGCAGAGUCUUCCGAAUGACCUUCCUGAUGCUGGCCGUCUCCCUCGCUGUCCCCCUGCUCGGGGCCAUGAUGCUACUGGAGUCUCCCAUAGACCCGCAGCCUCUCAGCUUCAAAGAACCUCCUCUUUUGCUCGGUGUUUUGCAACCAAAUACGAAGUUACGAGAGGCAGAAAGGCUAUUUGAAAAUCAACUUAUCGGGCCAGAGUCCAUAGCAAAUAUUGGGGAUGUGAUGUUUACUGGAACAGCGGAUGGCCGGGUCGUAAAACUUGAAAAUGGCGAAGUAGAGACCGUCGCCCGGUUUGGUUCAGGCCCGUGCAAAACUCGAGAUGAUGAGCCUGAUUGCGGAAGACCCCUGGGCAUCCGGGCCGGGCCCAACAGGACUCUCUUUGUGGCUGAUGCAUACAAGGGACUAUUUGAAGUAAACCCCUGGAAGCGUGAGGUAAAACUGCUGCUGUCCUCCGACACACCCAUUGAAGGGAAGAAGCUGUCCUUUGUGAACGAUCUUACCAUCACUCGAGACGGGAGGAAGAUUUAUUUCACAGAUUCUAGCAGCAGAUGGCAAAGGCGAGACUAUCUGCUUCUGAUCAUGGAGGGCACUGAUGACGGCCGCCUGCUGGAGUAUGACACCGCGACCAAGGAGGUGAAAGUCUUACUGGACCAGUUGCGCUUCCCUAACGGGGUCCAGCUCUCUCCCGCGGAGGACUUCGUCCUAGUGGCAGAAACGACCAUGGCCAGGAUUCGAAGAGUCUACGUGUCUGGCCUGAUGAAGGGAGGGGCCGACCUGUUUGUGGAGAAUCUGCCUGGAUUUCCAGACAACAUCCGGCCCAGCAGCUCCGGCGGGUACUGGGUCGGCAUGGCGGCCAUUCGCCCCAACCCUGGGUUCUCCAUGUUGGAUUUCUUAUCUGAGAAGCCUGGUGUUAAGAAGAUGAUUUUUAAGCUGUUCAGUCAGGAGAUGGUGAUGAAGUUUGUGCCACGGUACAGCCUCGUUCUGGAGCUCAGCGACAGCGGGGCCUUCCGGAGAAGCCUGCAUGACCCCGACGGGCAAGUGGCCGCCUACGUCAGCGAGGCGCACGAGCAGGACGGGCACCUGUACCUGGGCUCGUUCCGGUCCCCCUUCCUCUGCAGACUCCGCCUCCAGGCUGUGUAGCUGCGCAGUAGCCGGCCCUGAGUCACGCUGGGAGCGGUCACACGCGACACCGCACCUGGUCCUGGCCAGCUCCACGCGGCGCCCCUGUCGUCCUCAGAGCUGUGGUAGAAACAGCUGUGGCCACCCUGCGGACGUGUGGGCCCCCGCGCAGUUCCUCUCACCUGGCAGAGGGAAGCGUAAAUCAGUACCUACCACGGGGAAGAGAACUUCAUGUAAAGCCACUUUUUCUUGGGGUAAAACAUCUUUCUAAGUACGGUAGUGCUCUGGGCCUUAGGAAACCUCAUGCACUUUCAGCAGGGCUCAGGGCUGGGCAGAGCAGAGAAGUGCUGUCCCGCGCUGUCGUGCUGACUUUCCUGCUGGCAUCAGUGUGUUCACUGUAAAGCGGGUGAUCUCUUUCCUGGGGGUGGGCACGGGAGGUGGGGCACUGUGUGAGUGCGCGGAUCCUGCCGGUGGGCGCUAUGAGCCAAGACUUUGGACUGGGUUCUCAGAGUUGGUGGUGACAACCCCUGGUCCCUCUCAGUCCCUGGGUGCAUCCGGCUUGUGAAGCCCUCUAGCCUGGUGCAGCUUGACCUCCCACCGUGCCAGGAUUUUUGAUUUUCGAGUGUAUAGGCAAAGCAUCCUCAUUGCAGUGACUCCAACUGGACCCCGCUGGGUUCUUCUGUGAAUACUUAUGCCACAGAUUGGAUGGCCCAGCUUUCCUCUACUGGCCACAGGGUGCGUUUGGGGGUGUCUUGUUGAGGUAACUUUGCUUUUCACCCCUAGACCCACAGACGUGAGUAGUGCACGCAUGGACAUCCUACGUGCUAGAGUGUUGCAAGCCCAUGUUGCUAUGUACCUUGAAAAGUAGUCAGCACACUGGUCCUGAUUUUAUAAUAAACCGAUAAUUACAUCCACA